UCCACAUUAUAAAUAUAUGUAGGCCCCCCCACAGGUCUUGGUUUCUUACAGUACACUCAGAAUGGACGCGGUCAUUUCCUUCCUCUUGAUUUUGACUCUGGCGCCUGUGGCUCCCCUUGAGACCUCAUUCAGAGCUGUCGUGGAGAGGGUGUUGGGGGAAGCGAGGAUCUUCUCUGGGGAGGAGGUCCGGCUGAGGUGCAGCGUUCCUGACACCCACAGGUCCAGAUGGGAUCUCCAGUGGUUUAAAGGAUCUGAGAAGCUCAUACAGUCUGGGGAGCACCUGGUUCUGUGGAAGGCGAGGGUUAACGAUAGUGGGAAAUAUUAUUGCCAGGGAGUGAGGGACACGUUGGUGGGAAACAUAGACACCCUCAAGAGUCUGCCUGUGGAGAUCAAUGUGGAUGGAGGGUGGGCCAUCCUGCAAGUCCCACCCCAUUCAGGCCUCGUUGGACAAACCUUAACGUUCACGUGCCGCGUCCGAGGCAAUCCCCCAAUUCAUGAGGUGAUUCUGUACAGGGACAAGGUUGAAGUCAUGAAACAAAGGGGCCUCGACCCACAUUUUCACCUGAACCACCUGACCCUGGAAGACCAAGGGAUGUAUUCUUGUCGGGCCUCCUGGGACACAGACAGACGGACACGCUCUGUCCUUUCAGUUGAUGCUUCAGUGCAGGUCUUAGAGGUUCUGACGCAGCCAAUUUUGGAGAUUGUUGAACAUGAUCAGCAGCUGAUCAAACUCAUCUGCCACCUCCAAUACAACGCCCACGCUCCUGCCCCUCCAAUAAACUACUAUUUCUACAAGAAUAACCAGCGACUGGGAACAGCGACCUCUGAGAACAGUGAUCUGGUCAGACAGAGUCCAGGCCGCUACAGCUGCAGGGCCAAGGUGCCUCAGUUGAACAUCUCCAGGUGGAGUGAACCCAAAAGCUUUGGACAAGUGGCAGGGCGAGAGUCGACGCCUCCAUUUCUUCAACCCAGAAAUCCAAGGCCUUUUGCUCCCCCGGUCUCAUCCCCAGACCCCCUGCCUCUGACAGAUGAGCCAGCAGCAACCCAGGCGUCUCUUUACCAAUCCACUCCAGGCUCUCUGCCCUCUCCAGCCCAGUCUGUCAACCAAACUGUUCCACCUAGCAGGAUCCAGCCUGUCACGUCAUCACACAUUGACAUGGCUGAAGACGUGACAGGCUGGAUCCGGCCCUCUCCAGCCCAGUCUGUCGAUCAAACUGUUCAACCAAGCAGGAUCCACCCUGUCACGUCAUCACACAUUGACAUGGCUGGAGCAUCUGGGGACAUGUCAGAGGAGUCUGACGACAUGUCUUCAGCCACUGUUACACAUUCAUAAGUUAUCAGACAUUCUAAACUGUUGCAUAAGUGAAUGAUCCUAAAUCAGAGUAAUAAGGUGAGACUCAGGUAACUCCUGGGACAUUGCAGUGCUUUGCCAAAUACGAAAAUCCUCAUGUUCAUACUCAGGCUUGGAGCAAAUAAAUCAUUCCAUAAAUGGUG